AGACCUCCCCAAAAAGUUUGGGCAUAUAAAAGCCCAGCUUACUCAUUUGUUUAGGCAGUAGGGAGUUUCUGCUAGGGUCUGGGUUGGAGUUACACGCAGAGACCGGACCCUAGUGUUCAUGAGUGGUGUCUGAGGAGAAAAGAGGAUUCCCUUUUGCCGCAAAGAAUCUACAUGUCUAACAUUUAGACAUGUUCAGCUUUGUGGAUAUCCGGUUAGCGCUCUUGCUCAGCGCAGCAGCGCUGUUGGUGAGAGGUCAAGGCGAAGAUGAUAAAGGAUCUGCAGGAUGUGAGAUGAACGGAGAGUCGUAUUAUGACAACGAUGUAUUUAGACCCGAGCCCUGCAAGAUGUGUACGUGCGAAAAGGGAGAAAUUAUCUGCGAGGAAAUCUUCUGUGAGGACCUUUUGGACUGUGAGGACCCCGUCAUCCCAGAGGGAGAGUGCUGCCCAAUCUGCAACGGUGACUCUCAAGAUGUCGUGGUUCCAGGACCUGAGGGCCCCAGAGGAGACCCCGGUCCAGCUGGUCCUCCUGGCAGAGAUGGAAUCCCUGGACAGCCUGGCCUCCCCGGCCCACCCGGCCUUCCUGGCCCACCCGGAACCACCACUGGCAUUGGCGGAAACUUCUCUCCUCAAAUGAGCUUCGACCCCUCUAAGUCAAGCGGCCCACCAGUUCCUGGCCCAAUGGGUCCCCUGGGUCCCCGUGGUCCUCCUGGACCUCCUGGGUCUGCUGGUCCUCAAGGCUUCAAUGGACCUCCUGGAGAGCCUGGAGAGCCUGGAGCUUCUGGCCCCAUGGGUCCCCGUGGUGCUGCUGGACCUCCUGGAAAGAACGGAGAUGAUGGUGAGCCCGGCAAACCUGGACGCCCUGGUGAGCGUGGAGCUGCUGGCCCUCAGGGUGCCCGUGGAUUCCCUGGAACUCCAGGACUCCCCGGCAUCAAGGGACACAGAGGUUUCAGCGGUCUGGAUGGAGCCAAGGGAGACGCUGGUCCAGCUGGCCCCAAGGGAGAGCCUGGUGCCCCUGGUGAGAACGGUAUCCCCGGCGCUAUGGGUGCUCGUGGUCUUCCAGGCGAGAGGGGUCGCCCUGGAGCUCCUGGCCCUGCUGGUGCUCGUGGUAACGAUGGUAACACUGGUCCCGCUGGUCCUCCUGGCCCAACCGGAUCUGCUGGCCCCCCUGGAUUCCCAGGCGGUCCUGGUGCUAAGGGAGAAACAGGUCCUCAGGGAGGCCGUGGAGCUGAAGGACCUCAAGGAGCACGUGGAGAGCCAGGUAACCCAGGACCUGCUGGUGCUGCUGGCCCUGCUGGUAACCCGGGAUCUGAUGGUAACCCCGGUGCUAAGGGUUCUCCUGGUGCUGCUGGUAUUGCUGGCGCUCCUGGUUUGCCCGGUGUUCGUGGUCCUCCUGGAGGUCAGGGAGCUGUUGGUGCUCAAGGUCCUAAAGGUAACAAUGGAGAUCCCGGUCCUCCUGGUCCUAAGGGAGAGGCUGGUGCCAAGGGUGAACCUGGCCCAGCUGGACUUCAGGGACUUGCAGGCCCAUCCGGCGAGGAAGGAAAGAGAGGACCUCGUGGAGAGCCCGGUGGUGCUGGACCCCGUGGAGCCCCUGGAGAGCGUGGUGCCCCUGGCGCUCGUGGUUUCCCUGGUGCUGAUGGAGCUGGUGGUCCAAAGGGUGCCCCUGGCGAGCGUGGAGCCCCUGGAGCAAUGGGACCUCAAGGAGCCACUGGUGAAUCUGGAUCUCCUGGUGCACCUGGUGCUCCUGGCUCCAAGGGUGUGACUGGUAGCCCUGGAAGCCCCGGCCCUGAUGGCAAAGCUGGACCUGCUGGUGCUCCCGGACAAGACGGUCGCCCCGGACCCGCUGGCCCCGGUGGAGCCAGAGGACAGCCUGGUGUCAUGGGAUUCCCUGGACCCAAAGGAAACGCUGGUGAGAAUGGAAAGCCCGGUGAGAGAGGCCCCUCUGGACCUGCUGGUGCCGUUGGUGCUCCUGGCAAAGACGGUGAUGUUGGUGCUCCUGGACCUGCCGGCCCUGCUGGAGCUGCUGGCGAGAAGGGAGAGCAGGGACCUGCUGGUCCUAACGGUUUCCAGGGUCUUCCUGGACCCCAAGGUGCUACUGGUGAAACUGGCAAGCCCGGUGAGCAGGGUGUUCCUGGUGAAGCUGGACCUCCUGGCCCAUCUGGACCCAGAGGUGAAAGAGGUUUCCCUGGAGAGCGUGGUGGUAACGGUCCUGCUGGUCCAGCCGGACCUCGUGGUGCUCCUGGUCCUGCUGGUAACGACGGCGCUAAGGGUGAGCCCGGUGCUGCUGGCGCCCCCGGUGGUGUUGGAGCCCCCGGUAUGCAGGGAAUGCCCGGAGAACGAGGAGCUGCUGGUCUGCCAGGUGUCAAGGGAGAAAGAGGUGACGGCGGUGCUAAAGGAGCUGACGGUGCCGCUGGCAAAGAUGGUGUCCGUGGCAUGACUGGUCCCAUUGGAAUGCCUGGACCCCCUGGUCCUCAGGGUGAGAAGGGAGAGCCUGGUCCCGUUGGAGUUGCUGGACUGACUGGUCCUCGUGGUGCCCCUGGCGAGCGUGGAGAGAAUGGACCUCCUGGACCCGCCGGCUUUGCUGGACCUCCUGGUGCUGACGGUCAACCUGGUCUCAAGGGAGAGUCUGGAGACACUGGACCCAAGGGAGAUGCUGGUGCUCCUGGACCCGCUGGACCCGCUGGAGGUGCUGGUCCUCAGGGACCUGCUGGACCUCCUGGACCCAAAGGUGCUACUGGUGGUGCUGGUGCUCCUGGCCCCACUGGUUACCCCGGAUCUCCUGGCAGAGUUGGACCUCCCGGACCUGCUGGAGCUGCUGGCCCUCCUGGACCAGUUGGAGCUGUUGGCAAAGAUGGAGCCAGAGGACAGCGUGGUGAGACUGGACCUGCUGGACGCCCAGGUGAAGCUGGUGCUGCUGGACCCCCAGGACCCACCGGAGAGAAGGGUUCCCCCGGUUCUGAUGGAGCUGCUGGUGCCCCCGGUGCCCCCGGACCUCAGGGUAUCGCUGGUCAGCGUGGUAUCGUAGGUCUCCCUGGACAGCGUGGAGAGCGUGGUUUCCCUGGAAUGCCUGGACCAUCUGGUGAGCCUGGGAAGCAGGGACCUUCCGGACCUGUUGGUGAGCGUGGAGCCCCUGGACCUUCUGGCCCCCCUGGGCUGUCUGGUCCUCCCGGAGAGGCUGGUCGUGAGGGAUCCGCUGGUAACGAUGGUGCUCCUGGUCGUGAUGGCUCUCCUGGACCCAAGGGAGACCGUGGUGAGAGUGGCACUCCUGGGCCCCCUGGACCCCCUGGUGCUCCUGGAGCCCCGGGUGCUGUUGGCCCCUCUGGCAAAGCUGGUGACCGUGGAGAGAGUGGUCCUGCUGGUCCUGCCGGUCCUGCUGGCCCCGCUGGUGCUCGUGGACCUUCUGGCCCUGCUGGAGCUAAGGGAGACAGAGGAGAGACUGGUGAGGCUGGAGAAAGAGGCCACAAGGGACACAGAGGAUUCACCGGCAUGCAGGGUCUGCCCGGAACCGCUGGACCUUCUGGAGAGAGAGGACCUGCUGGUGCCUCAGGACCUGCUGGACCUCGUGGACCUGCUGGAAACAGCGGCUCCCCAGGUAAGGAUGGUGCGAACGGUAUGCCUGGACCCAUCGGACCCCCUGGACCUCGUGGUCGCAACGGAGAUAUGGGACCCGCUGGUCCUCCCGGACCUCCUGGACUCCCUGGACCUCCUGGACCUCCCGGAAGUGGAUUUGACUUUGUCAGCCAGCCUCUUCAGGAGAAAGCCCCCGAUCCUCUGCGUGGCGGCUACCGUGCUGAUGAUCCCAACAUGGUGCGCGAUCGUGACAUGGAGGUGGACACCACUCUCAAAACCUUGAGCCAGAGGGUGGAGAAGAUCCGCAGCCCCGACGGUAGCCAGAAGAGCCCCGCACGCAUGUGCCGCGACCUGAGGAUGUGCCACCCUGAGUGGAAGAGCGGCAUGUACUGGGUUGACCCCAACCAGGGCUCCCCUCUGGAUGCCAUCAAAGUCCACUGCAACAUGGAGACUGGAGAGACCUGCGUGUCUGCCAGCCAGUCUAGCAUCCCCAUGAAGAACUGGUACAGAAGCAAGAACAUCAGAGAGAAGAAGCACGUCUGGUUCGGCGAGACCAUGACCGGUGGAUUCCAGUUCCAGUAUGGCGGCAGCGAGGCUGAUCAGGAGGAUGUCAACAUCCAGAUUGCCUUCAUGCGUCUGAUGUCCAACCAGGCCUCUCAGAACAUCACAUACCACUGCAAGAACAGCAUCGCCUACAUGGAUUCUGCCACCGGCAACUUGAAAAAGGCCCUGCAUCUCCAGGGCUCCGGCGAUGUGGAGAUCAGAGCCGAGGGCAACAGCCGCUUCACAUACGGCGUCAGCGAGGACGGCUGCACGUCGCACACUGGCACAUGGGGCAAGACAGUCAUCGACUACAAGACAACAAAAACAUCCCGCUUGCCCAUCAUUGACAUUGCUCCUAUGGAUGUUGGUGGACCUGAUCAGGAAUUUGGCGUUGAAGUUGGCCCCGUUUGCUUCUUGUAAAAAUGAAAGAAAGAUGGACAUGACAUUGUUGUUUUUUUUUUCUAGCAGUCAUCUCUAAAUCCCUUUUUCUAUGCAAUCAAAACUCAUUCGGCUUAGAACCACUCUACUGAAGACAGUGUUUUUUUUUUUUCGUUUUCCUGCCAUGAGACUAUUUUUUUUAUUUUUUACUUGGGACUGCCACUGCAACCGAACCCAACCAUGAGGACACUUUAAAGAAAAAAAUCUUUUGCUUCCACUAGCAACAAGAAAAUAAUGUUUACUUUUGUAAAAUAUUCCCUUUGACAAUUGAGACCCACACAUGCGACGAAACACAGGUGACUUUUGCCAUUUUCUAUCACUGCAGAAGGACAUUGAAAACAACCAAUGAUAUGUACCAUUUUUCUGGUGUCAAAUAAAUUGUAAAAAGUGUGGAGUGUCUUCUUGAUCUAAAUUCUGAAGGGAAAUAAUCUAGCAAAGACAAAGAAAAGAGGAAAAAGAUCAUUGCAGUAUGGAUGGCUACCUCAUAUGAAGUCACCCUAGUUUCUAGUUUUGAAGGGGUGAAAUAAAAACCAAUCAAAGGUGCUAUUAGUAAGGUUUAGUUAUUGGUAUUUGAUAGUGAAAGCCUCAUUGUCAUUGAUCACUAAUUCCUGGUGCUACUAAAUUGACUAUUGUUGUCUAUGCAGUGUUUUCUUCUUCUACUUUGGCGGCGCUCCUUUGAAUCGUUUUGAAACAGGAUGUAAAGGAUGCAAUCAUGUCUUUGUAGAUAAAAGCAAGUGACUUUGGUUCAAAAUAACUGUCCCUGUGUUCACUUCUGAUCCCUCUAUCUGUCGUGGAAAAACCAGAAACCAGAAACCAGCACGCAUCCACCACCUGCUGUUGAUGUUGUUUGUUGAUGUCUUUUUCACGAAGGGUUUCUUUAAAAAAAAAAAAAAAAAGAUUAAAAAAAGAAUUCAAUGCGGACCCACUUUCAUGGUUGAAAAGAGAGAUUCUGUACUUAUUUUGUACAUGUAUAAUAAAUCGAGAUGUUUUUAAUUAUUGUGGGUGCUGAAAUAAAGCAUGUGAAGUGGUCUACUCAUA